UCUCUUAAACCUCUGCCGCCGCCACCGCUAAAACCUCCCUCAGUUCUGGCGGCAGCCAUAGCCGGAGCUCUGACAAACAUCGAACCUCAUCAGUUCGCCUCUUCAUGUCAUUCCUCCGGCGUCGUCUCUCGUUCCUUACCCGCCGUCAAUUCUCAUCGUCGCCACCGUUAUCUUCUUCUUCUUCCGCCAAAGUCCCGCUACUCUACGAGGCCCCCGAAGGGACCGCCGCAGUCAACGUCCAGCUCUACUCAUGGGGCCGAGGCUCCUCCGGCCAGCUCGGUGGCGGCGUCGAGGAGAUCCGUAUCUACCCUGCCCCCGUCGCUAACCUCCUCCUCCCUCGGUCAUUCACUCUCUCCCCCAUCCCGGGCAAGCUCCGGCAAAACCAGAAGGGCUCGGACUCGCCUCCCCCCUCCGGUGAGUUGGCUAUCGAGGUGGGCAUUUCCUGCGGCUUGUUCCACUCUUCAUUGCUUAUUGGCGGGAAUCUGUGGAUUUGGGGCAAAGGCGAUGGUGGGAGGCUCGGAUUCGGGCAUGAGAAUCCGGUGUUUGAGCCGAGUUUAAACCCUAAUUUGGAUGGCGUGAGCUGCAUGGCUCUCGGCGGGCUCCAUUCCGUCGCCCUCACUUCCGCUGGGCAGGUGUUCACUUGGGGAUAUGGUGGAUUCGGAGCCCUCGGACAUUCUGUUUACCACAGGGAGCUCCUUCCUAGACUGGUGGAGGGUUCUUGGGAUGGUGCAAUAUGGCAUAUUGCCACUAGCGGCACUCAUACUGCUGCUGUUACUCAAUCAGGUGAGCUUUAUACUUGGGGUCGAGAAGAAGGAGAUGGUAGGUUAGGGCUUGGCCCUGGUCGUGGCCCAGAUCAGACCGGUGGUCUUAGUAUACCUUCCAAAGUCAAGGCACUUCCGGUCGCUGUAGUUUCUGUCUCCUGUGGGGGAUUUUUCACUAUGGCUCUAACUGAGGAAGGUCAAGUUUGGAACUGGGGAGCUAAUGCCAAUUAUGAGCUUGGAAGGGGUAAUAAGGUUGGUGGAUGGCAACCAAAACCAAUUCCUAGCCUGGAGAAUGUUCGGAUAAGCCAGAUUGCUAGUGGAGGAUAUCACUCUCUUGCAUUAACUGAUGAUGGCAACGUACUUUCAUGGGGUCAUGGUGGACAUGGUCAGCUAGGCCAUUGUUCCAUCCAAAGCCAAAAAGAGCCCCAAGUAAUUGAGACAUUAGCCAAUGAACGUGUCAUAUCCAUUGCUUGUGGAGGAUCAUCUUCGGCAGCUGUGACUGAUAAAGGCAAGUUGUACAUGUGGGGAAAUGGUAAAGAUGCUCAAUUAGGAGUUCCUGGGCUAGCUGAGUUACAGCCAUGUCCUAAAGAAGUCAAAUUUCUAGUCGAGGAUGAUGGACUGGAGCCCCACAAUGUGUUAUCAGUUGCAAUUGGGGCCUCUCACACUCUGUGCCUGGUUUCAAGGACUGCUUUUUGAAGAGGAAGCUGGUGGAGCAGGAAUUUAUCAAAUCCGUGCCCCGGAGUUUUUAGUGCUCAUGGAAGUUCUGGCUAUUUCUGAUGUCUGACCAUGAGUUUAGCUUCAGAACAGGGACGACUUCUACUAUCAGAUGUAGGAGUUUUGUAGAUGAACGUCCAACAAGAGACUGGCUUCGAGAUCUGAAAUUAAUUGUUGAGCUAUGUCGGGGCUAUUCUGUGCUUUCUAAUUUUGUGAUGUGAUGUAGAACUAUUAGUUUGUCUCAAACUUGUGUGAUAUUGGAGAAUACUGAUUCAAUAAGAUUGCAAACUUGUUCAUAUUUUUCUUUC